GGGAUGAGGGGGACAUCAACACAGAAGCACUGCAACGGCCAUGAAACGGUAAAGCGGAUUAGCAAACACUGGCGUUUAAUUUGACACUUUCGACGGGACACUUCAGUUAAUACCUUAAUCACAUCAGCGGGAUAUGGAUUUGUAAAGACACUUAACAAAUGUAUGAUGACAGACAUUCACAGCCAGUGUGUUGGUGCACUGCCUGAUCGAAAGGAUGGGACUCAGGCUCAACGGCAAGGGACAGCAGAGCCACAGGAUGGUCAUCUUGGCGGCCCUCUUCGUCCUGAUGACCCUCCUCAUCCUGUACGGCUCCAACAAUGUAAGCGAGGAGGCCUACGCUCCCUUCCACGUGGCCACAAAUCACGCUCUGGUGACAACAGAUCUGAAAAAGUGGGCUGGCAGAGAAGGAUAUGUUCCAGUCAGUGGAAACAAGAACAUGUCCCUGCACUGCCAUAACUGUGCACUGGUGACCAGCUCCAGCCACGUCCUGGGCACCGGAGCAGGAGAAGAGAUCGACCAUACCGAGUGCGUGAUCCGAAUGAAUGACGCCCCCACCAUGGGGUAUGAGACUGACGUGGGGAGCCACACCACUCUGAGGGUGGUAGCCCACUCCAGUGUAUACAGGGUGGUCCGCAGGCCUAACGAGUUCCUGCAUCGGAUGGACAGCAACCCUGCGAUCAUCUUCUGGGGACCCCCGAGCAAGAUCGGCAAGGAUUCAAAAGGAACCUUGUACAGAUUGAUCCAGAGAGUCAGCAUGACCUACAGUAACCUGUCUUGCUUCAGUGUCACGCCCAGUAAGAUGCGCAGAUUUGACAAUCUAUUUCACAGGGAGACUGGACGAGACAGGCAGAAAUCCCACUCGUGGUUGAGCACAGGCUGGUUCACCAUGGUAAUAGCCAUUGAGAUCUGUGAUAAUAUCAAAGUUUAUGGGAUGGUCCCACCCAAUCACUGCAUAAAAAAAUCUGGAUCCAAAAAGAUGCCCUACCAUUACUACAAGCCCCGGGGACCUGAUGAAUGUUUAACGUACCUGCAGAAUGAGAGCGGCCGAAGAGGGAACCACCACCGCUUCAUCACAGAGAAACAAGUGUUUGCACGCUGGGCCAAGCAGUACAACAUCACCUUCACUCAUCCCAAGUGGUGAAGAGACUUCUGAAAGAGAGCUCUCUGAAUGCUUUGAGCUGGAUUUCACUGUUCCUUCCUUUUGAGUCGGAUUCAAAGAGACAAAUGAUGAAUGACGGCUUUCUUCAGGACACCCGGGGAAUGAAAGAGCCUUCAUGAGAGCUAUUAUUGGACCAAAGGACUGAGGAGAUGUAUGGGAGUGUUUUCAUUGACAGAGGAGCGCAGAGUUCUGAGGGGUUUCUGAGCAACACGAUUCCACGAGGACUAAAAUGUUUUUGUGAAUAGAAGAGGAAUCAAUGAAGAGAUUUUUAUAUAUGUUUUUAAAACUUUUGUUAUUAUGCAUUGAAAAUGCACUUAAGUUUGUCAUGUUUGGGAGGAUGGUUACAGGCAUUAGUCAUGACAAACAGACCUGUGGAAGCCCAGAGUGGACUUGCAUCCAUGCAUUUAACAGCUUUCCAUUAUGCCAUGAUAAAAGGCAAUUUAUGGUUGUUUUCUCAAGUAUGUCAGCUUUCCCUCAGAAUGAACAACUCUAAAAUACUCACUGUAAUCGAGGAAAAUGCCCUCAUUUUCAAAGCAUGGUCACGCAGACCUCAGAAACACUUAAACUCAUCAAGCGUUAUGAGGAAGUUAACCAGAUGCUAGGAAACAGAAGGGGAUUUUUCAGCGGUUCUUCAUCAGUAGGAUUUAGCAGAAAGGUUCAGUGGUCUCAUUUUUCACAGGAUGCAUAAAUCUAUAAAACAAGGGGAGAUUUUAUUUGACUUAAAAUCCUAAAUUGUAUCUAUUAUUUUAAGAAAUAUUGUUAACAUGAGUUCAAAUUAAGAUCAAAACGUAUAUAGUAAGAGUUAAUUGUACUUAAAUGCAAGGAAAGGUUAUAAAAACUACCUAAAGUGCUUGUUUUGUACGCAAUGCUUUAGGCUAUAAGGUGCAAUAUCCCCCUCAAGGGAAGAUGGGGCCCCCCUUUUAUUCACUAACACCUCCACCUCUAUUCCAGAAGGUUUAUUUCCUCUAACUUCCUUCCAGGCGUGGACAGGCCUUGUUGGUCUGGGUCCACCCCUCCAUACCAGUGGCCCACUCUAAAUGACUGAGGAUUUUUCUUUAAAGUUAUUAUUUCAUCAUAAAUGCAGGCACAGCACCAUUAUUACAAUCUAGAGUGUGCCUGAAUGAUUCUAGCUGGGCCUGUUCAUUCAUUCAUAACUUGAUCCUGCUUGUAGGUAACCUGACAUGAGAUUGACUGUUUCAUUUCAUGGAUAUAUUUCCCACUCUUCUGGGAAAGCUGCCAUAGAAAGCAUUUGGAGGGCAGGACUUUUUGAAAAAUUCCUGGGAGGUGAUUGGAGGAACGUUCUGUCAGUCACAUUCAUGAUGGGCCAAUCAGAGCAACAAGACAAAAUGAGGUUGUACACCUGAGCUGUCAGGCUACCGCUGCAGUAGUUUUCAAAUGGCGGACCUCCUCAGCAAAAAGAAAUGAUGCCAAUUGAUGCCAUGGCCAGUUGAGAGAGGUGUAGAAACAUCUUAUCUGCCAAGACAAGCUUUCAUUGUGACUCUUUGUUCUUGUUUUAAAAAGAUUCAAGUGCCACUUUCCUACAGCUUCAUCCAAGCUAACAGCUACCGCAGCAGCAGCUGUGGAUACACCGGAAAACCCCACCGUAACGAUCACAAACCCAUGCUGAAGCAGACUGGGAGAAGAGCAAAAACAUCUUUAUUUUAUACAGAAACAUUGUUCAUUUCUGCUGCUAAACUUGAGCUAAAUCAGCCCAUAGCUACCUCCUUGUUCUCCUUAAGUGAUGCUGGCUGGUCUGAACAAUGUUUGUUUCUGUACAAACAUUGUAGAUUGGAGCUUUUCAAGAUGGAUUUGCCUCAUGACAGACGAAGACUGGCAAAUCUGUCUAUGUUGCAAGGUUAGCUUGUAGGUAUAUGCUAACUUAUUCAAUGAUAUUGCUAAAAAAGAACAAAAAAGAGUGACGGCAUGUUUUGGAAAAAUAUUAGGGCAUUGAUUUGAGCAAGAACAUAAAAAUAUAAAGAUAGGGAAUUAUAUAGGCUUCUGGUGAGCCAUUUUUAGAGAAGUGGGUGGCGACUAGUGCUGCUAAAAUCCUGAUAAAAACAGACGCUUGUUUCUUAAUGAUUAUGAAAUGUAUAGACAGGAACGCCGGCUGGAUGAAGGCAGGCAAAGGGCAAGACAGGCGGUAGAUCUACGGGCGCACAUUUCCAGGUGGAUUAGGAUGUAUAAAUUGAAGAUUGCUUGGAGAUGUGCAUGGGCACAGUUUUAUAAAUCUGAGUUAUUUUUGGUGCACGCCAUUUCCGAGGUUUGGGCACAUGUUUACUUUUAGUCUGGUUUGUAUGCACUGUUUUAUAAAUGAGACCCUGGGUGUGCACCCAGCAGAUGGUGCUAAUCCGGGCCAAUUAAACCAACCCUGGUUAAAAAAACCAUCUAUAUAAUCAUGGCAGAAAUAAGUUUAAAAAAUAGAUGUUCAACGAGUCUUUUAACUCUUAAAAAUAAAAAUUAAUAGCCCUUUAUUCAAUGUUGGUUUUCCCUUGAUGACAAGUUCACUUCCCAAGAACUUAAAAGAGAAACUUUAACUCCAGAAAACCAGCAUGACAAGAUAAAUCAGCCAGGACCUCAAGAAACAAGUGAAAUGAACUUGCUACCACGGCAAAACUAUGUUAUAUAAUGUGUGGAUGCAUGUCCUCUUGGGGCUUCCGUACAAUCACUGUAUUCUACCUGCUGUACAUUAGCUAUGAGCCACGUGGAGUUUGACAUGUCAGAUUUUGCAUUUACAGCUCCAGCAUUGAUAUACGACAUUUCCUGCUCUGUAUUAACAUUUCUACAGUUUCCUGUAACAUGACUGUGUUUGACAUCUCAGCCCAAAGAAUCUCUACCACUGGGAAACACUGAAACAGAGCUGUCACAAGGAUAAAUCAGCAAACAAGGGAAACUUGGUGCUACAGACACAUUUUGAGUAGUAUUUUAAGUUUAGAUGCUCAGAUUACAGCCUAACUACAGAUGUUGCUUUGGUAUAAUUCCUAUUUCACUAAGAAGCAUGAAAGUAUAUUUAGUUUUCUCUGUGUUCAUUCAGGAACAACAAACAUCACUCAACUGUUUGUCUUUAUUUUUAUUUUCUGUUUUAACUGAACACAUUAAGAAUGAAGAGAUUAUAUAGAGUCAGAUUUAUACAAGAGAAACAGAUUUAACUUUACAACUCUCUUCCUGUUAGCCGUAUUAUUACUCCCUGGAUUCUGAGACUCUGCCGCACUUUGUUUGCACUUGAAUGUUUUCAUGAAAAGAAUAUAAAACUGUUGCAUUGUGAA